AUGUAUUUUCGCGCAUUGAUAUUAGCCUGCUUAAUAGUAUCAACAUAUUCAGCAAUUUGGAAUCUUUUUGGCAUGAAAAAAUGCAUUGGUGGAAAAAGUUUACUUUAUUACAAUGGAUAUGGAUGUAACUGUGGACUGGGACGAAAAUAUCAACUUCCAGUUGAUGAUGUUGACAUUUGUUGCAUACGUCACAAAGGUUGCUAUAGUGCAGCUGUAGAAAGUGGUGAUUGUAAACAUUGGAUAUUACCCUAUUUUAGCAUUUAUAAAUGGAAAUGCAUGGAUAAAAAUCCCAUCUGUAACGAAGAAGUGAAUAAUUCAAGGAAUAUCUGUGCAACAGCAAUUUGUGAUUGUGAUAGCGAAUUUGUUAAGUGUUUGGAAGAGAAUGAUUUCAUCAAUAUGAAGCCAACAUGUAUGAUUGAUAUGAAGGUGGAACGAAACUUGAAAUGA